AUGAUAAAGCAGCGGCGAUCCCCCCCUCCUCCUAAAUUGACACCGCUUUCUCUUUUUCCCGCUUUCCCCUUUUCUUCCCCAAAGCAUUUUAACACCAUUUGCUUUUUUGUCGGUUUAAUUGCUUUGUUUUUUUUUUUUUGGUCUGGACUUCUCUGGUCUGGAUAUCAGUCUUUCAGUAACUGUGAAGCAUUCACAUUGGAACGGUUGUGCGGCGCCUCACUGGUACACGCCAACUGA